ACUUCUUCAGCAGCUGGGUAAAUGCUGGCAGAAUACGCGCGACAGAGUCGAUUUUGCGCUACGUAGCGAUAAAAUUAACACUCGAUCAGUUAGUCACAAUGGUGAAUGAACACAUCGUGUAUUUAGCCCAAUAGGCCCGGAAAUGCUGCGUUGGUACGAUGUAAAGUUGUAAAUGAUCAUUGGCACUGGUUUGCUGGAGCUGCUGUUGAAAGUGUAUCCGCAGUGAAUUCACAUCACUUCGUCCUGGCUCACCUUUUCCACAGGUGGAGCAUGAGUGUGUGGUCGGAGCUCUGCUGCGAUGCGUGCUAUUGGGUGUAGGAUGAACCUGCCGGCAGUGCUGAAUGGCCUGCUGGUGUCAGUGGUGGCUGCCUUGCUUUGGAAAUACGUUCGGUUGAUUGAACACACAUCACAGUUGGAAGAGGAGCUACAGCUUACACGCCAAUCACAGGAGUUCUCACAGGUGCGUAUUGACUACCACGGUGCCCUGUUAGCACUCCAAGAGCAUGGCACCAGAAUGGUGUGCACUGGCAAGAUGCACACCGAUCGCAUCUGCCGCUUCGACUACCUCUGCUACUGCACGGAGGCUGAGGAGUUUGUAUUCUUCCACAGUAAUGCCUCUGUGAUGCUGCCCAACCUUGGUCCUCGCCGUUUUCAGCCCGCCCUGCUGGACCUCUCGUCUGUAGAAGACCACAACACUCAAUAUUUUAACUUUCUCGAGCUCCCGGCAGCAGCUCUGAAGUUCAUGCCGAAACCUGUGUUUGUGCCAGAUGUCACUCUAAUUCUAAACCGUUUUAACCCGGACAACCUCAUGCACAUUUUCCACGAUGAUCUUUUGCCUAUCUACUACACCAUGCAGCAGUAUUCAGACUUGGAUGAUGAGGCCAGGCUUGUCUUCAUGGAGGGUUGGAGUGAAGGGGCUCACUUCGAUCUCUACCGCUUGCUCAGCAGCAAGCAACCACUUCUCAAGGAGCAGUUGAAGACCUUUGGCAAGCUCAUGUGCUUCACCAAGUCCUACGUGGGACUGUCAAAGAUGACAACAUGGUACCAAUAUGGGUUUGUGCAACCGCAAGGACCCAAAGCCAAUAUUUUGAUUUCAGGUAACGAGAUCCGCCAGUUUGCUUCAUUUUUGGUGGAGAGGCUUAACGUCACGCGAGAGGAGGGCGAUGACUACAUUGUAGUUUUUAAACGUACCACUAACAGGCUCAUCCUCAAUGAGGCAGAACUACUUCUGGCUUUAGCCCAAGAGUUUCAGAUGAGGACUGUCACAGUGUCUUUGGAGGAGCAGCCGUUUGAUAGCAUUAUCCAAAUUAUCAGAGGGGCAACUAUGUUGGUGAGCAUGCACGGAGCCCAGAUGAUCACCUCUAUGUUCUUGCCUCGUGGUGCCGCUGUGGUUGAACUCUUCCCUUACGCUAUAAACCCAGAGCAGUACACUCCCUACAAAACCUUGGCCUCCUUACCUGGCAUGGACCUUCAGUAUGUCGCAUGGAGAAAUACCAUGGAAGAGAACACCGUUACAUAUCCUGAUCGCCCCUGGGAUCAAGGUGGCAUCGUCCACCUUGAGAAGGAGGAACAAGAACGGAUCCUUGCCAGCAAGGAGGUGCCAAGACAUCUUUGCUGUCGCAAUCCAGAGUGGCUUUUUCGCAUUUACCAGGACACUACUGUGGACAUUGCCUCUUUUCUGGAAGUACUUAGAGAAACUCUAAAAAAGCCUAAUCUGAAAAAGGCCAAGGUGGCUAGCACUGUACAUCCUGGUCGAGUCAGAGAGCCAAAGUGCCAGACGUCAGUACAGGCCACCAAUGAAGCAAAGCUCUCAGUGUCAUGGCAGAUCCCUUGGAACCUGAAGUACUUGAAGGUUAAAGAGGUGAAAUAUGAAGUGUGGAUCCAAGAGCAGGGAGAGAACACAUAUAUGCCUUACAUUCUGCCCCAUCAGAACUACACCUUCUCGGAGAACAUCAAACCCUUUACCACAUAUUUAGUAUGGGUGCGCUGUAUUUUUAACAAGAACCUCUUGGGUCCAUUUGCAGAUGUUCUUAUAUGUAAAACUUGAUUCGGUAAUCAGGUUAGAUGUAACACUGUCAGCUAGCAAAGAGUUAAUGUGAAGAUUAAUUCUCAGGAGCUAUCCUGAAAACUAAAAGGUAUGACAUGGGUGAAUUGUUUUCGGACUCGGUUGUCACUCUUAUGACUUGAUUGUUCUUCAUGGUCCUAAUGGAGUGUCACGAACUGAGAGAACAAAUGGCCUGACUGCAGUGAAGGUUAGAAGAGAAUGCAGUUUACCAAACUGCCAGUUCUUUUAGUUCAUACCACCUUCUAAGCAAAGUUCUCAGUGACUUUAUUUAUCAGAAAUGUAAUGCAUAAUUUAAAUUUAUAUUUAUAGGUCCAAGACACUGGUUUUGUCUGACACCUGCUUUUGUUAACUAAAAUAAUACACAAAUUUCUGUGGCUUAAGCAACAUGUGAGUUUUAUGUGACUUAGUGAGUGUGCCCUAUCUUGCCCAAGGUUUUGCAUUGUAUUUUUCAUUGACUUUAGUUAUGAAGAAGCUUUUUUUUUGAGAGGGUUUAGAAAUAGAGUAUGAAGUAACUGCAAGAAAAUAGAAGAAAAAAAUAAAAGUGAACUUAAGAUAAACAUUAUACUUUUUAAAAAAAUAGGCUGCUGUUGCGUGGGUUAACUGUAAGUUUCCGGCAAUAUUGAUGUUCUUUUUAUUUUUUAUUUUUAUUUUAACCAGCCUCAAAAACACUGAUUAUCUACCUGUUCAAUGGGAAAUUAAUUUGUUUGCUAGUGAGAUCUAUCAAAUCGCAUCACAGACAGAAGACUUAGAUGUCCAAGUCAGUAGUAUCUUUGAUGACUUGAGUGAAAUAGUUAAGAUAGUGUCCUGAAAUUUGAAAGUCUUGUUUUUUUUUUUUUGUUUUGUUGGUGGCAUGUCAGUAAUUACUUCAAUGUUAAGUAAGUUGGAACCACUGUGUUAAGCAAGCUAGAGUUUUUGGUGAAAACAGCAUAGUGGCUAGUAGCACAAAGAAAAUAGGUUGAAACAUGGGAAAGGCCAAUUCAUGAACUGUAGAGUUUUUGAGUAACUGGCUAAAAGCAUUUGAUAAAUGUCGAGUAGAGGAGUAACAGUACUUUGAACAUUUUAUGACUGCAUAAGCCUUACAGAAUGCAAUAUUAAAGAUUUAAAGAUGAAUAUUUAUAUGAUGUGUAAAGAAACCACUGUUUAGAUGUGCUUCCUAUUCUGUCAUUCACCAAACAAACUUAAAACCGUAUCUAUAUCUGCUUUAGAAAAGGACAGUGCCAGUUUCUGUUGUUGUUUUUUUUACAUGCUCUCAUCUCCAUUUCUGCAAAGACAAGGUGUGUUUUGCCAGUUUAUGGAUUUUUGAGAAGAUGGAAACAUGUACUUUAUCUCUGCCUAUUAUUUAUUGAAGACAUCUCUGGAACGCUAUACAUACUGUAGCCCAGAUUUAUUAAAGUUGCACUGUGUGUUUAAAUUUGUUUCAGUGCUGUGAUCAAUGAAUAGAACAUGAGAAAUUCAACAACUAGCCACAAGCUUUGUUUCUCUGUUUUGUUCUGAAUGGCCUGUCAAGUCAUCUGUAUUUCUUUAUUUCUUUAUUUUUUUUUUCCCUUUUCCCACAGUGAGGUUUUAUUCUGUCCUUCACUUCGAGGACAUUCUGAAUUACAUGGGAGUGGAUAUAAACGAUGCUAAAAACAGAUUAAACAAGAACAUUUCUAAUUGAAAUUCGGAAACGGCAAACCUCAGCCAUGCAGUUUAUUAGCAUAACUCAGUGUUUCGAUGGUAAUUUUAUUCAAGUAUGAGGAUAAUAAAUGAAUUCUGUUUGUAAUACAAAAUAGCAGAAAUGUCCUUUGCAUAUAAUCAGAGAAAAAAACCUAGCAUGGAAAUCUUUAACUGUCUUUAACUACACUUUGAGUUGAGAAAUGUUUGUGGUUUCCCAUUCUCUCCUUUUAAUAAUUAGAUGAUAGUUUUUAACAUAGAAACAGUAUAUAUAGGAUUGCAGGCUUGGGUCCUGUAAACCGCUCCUUUCCCUGUGCCAGUUCAUGAGAUUUACCAUUAUGUGCCACUGGAAUGUCAUACAUCAUUUUUGUCACUUUUAUUAAA